GCAGCGACGCAAGAUGGCGGCGACCACGGGCUCGGGAGUGAAAGUCCCUCGAAAUUUCCAACUGUUGGAAGAACUUGAAGAAGGUCAGAAAGGAGUGGGAGAUGGGACAGUUAGCUGGGGUCUUGAAGAUGAUGAAGAUAUGAUGCUUACAAGAUGGACAGGAAUGAUUAUUGGUCCUCCAAGAACAAUUUAUGAAAACCGAAUAUACAGCCUUAAAAUAGAGUGUGGACCUAAAUAUCCAGAAGCCCCCCCAUUUGUAAGAUUUGUAACAAAAAUUAAUAUGAAUGGAGUAAAUAGUUCUAAUGGAGUGGUGGAUCCAAGAGUCAUAUCCAUGCUAGCAAAAUGGCAGAAUUCAUAUAGCAUCAAAGUGAUUCUGCAAGAGCUUCGACGUCUAUUGAUGUCUAAAGAAAAUAUGAAGCUUCCUCAGCCGCCUGAAGGACAAUGUUACAGCAAUUAAUCAAAAAAAAAAUCUUCCCCCUUUA